CUGUUUAUAUAUAGACGCGGUCUGCUCGUUCUUCUUUCCUAGUUCGAGUUUCGUUCCGUCGCUAUUCUUUCAUUAAACAUUCAAGAUACACCGGAGCAUCGUGUCAUCUUUACUUGCAUUACUUACUUACGUUCUCGUUGAUCAUGGCCAAGGACAAUCUUACCGCUAUCCUCUACGGUAUCAACGAUAUUCGACUGGAACAAACUCCGAUCGAAGAACCCGAUCACGAUGAGGUACUCCUACAGAUGGGUUGCGUUGGAAUUUGUGGGUCCGACGUCCACUAUUUGGUAAAUGGAAGAAUCGGUGACUUCGUGGUGAGCAAACCUAUGAUAAUAGGCCACGAAGCUGCCGGCGUGGUCGUCAAGCUAGGAAAGAACGUGAAAAAUUUGAAGCUCGGUGAUCGAGUGGCUAUCGAGCCUGGUGUAUCCUGUAGAACUUGUGCAUUCUGUAAAACGGGCCGUUACAAUUUGUGUAAGGAAAUGGUGUUUUGCGCAACCCCACCUGUACACGGCAAUUUGAGGCGUUUCUACAAACAUGCGGCUGACUUUUGUUUCAAAUUACCAGAACACGUGAGUUUGGCCGAAGGAGCAAUGUUGGAGCCUCUAUCGGUGGGCGUUCAUGCUUGUAAGCGCGCGGAUAUCGGCAUCAGUUCGAAAGUUUUGAUUCUGGGCGCUGGUCCGAUCGGUUUGGUGACGAUGCUGGCAGCCAAAGCUAUGGGUGCAAAUAAGAUCGUCAUUACCGAUUUGACGCAAAGCAAAUUGGAUGUCGCGAAGAAGCUAGGCGCUGACGCCACGCUUUUGGUGAAAAAUAAUAUGACGGAGACUGAACUCGUAAAAAAGAUUCACGAACUUUUCGACGGCGAAGAGCCCGACAAAACGAUCGACGCGUGCGGAGCACAAUCCACGAUCCGUUUGGCAAUUCUCGUAACGAAAUCCGGCGGAGUUGCAGUGUUCGUAGGAAUGGGUGCAGCGGAGGUUAAAAUUCCACUGAUCCACGCGCUCGUGAGGGAAGUCGAUAUCAGAGGCGUAUUCCGAUACGCGAACGAUUACGCCGACGCGCUGGAACUCUUGGCGACCGGAAAAAUAGACGUGAAACCGCUGAUAACUCACAAUUAUAAAAUAGAGGAUACCGUAGAAGCGUUCGAAACUGCGAAAUCGGGACAAGGUGUUAUUAAGGUCAUGAUAUAUUGUAACUAGAGCAUCGACGAACGAAAGUAAUCUUCCAUUCCUGUUUGGAACGCCGUGGACGAGAUUUGGUAGCCAUGUCGAUCGUCGCUAAAAUUUACGCUAACAUCUCGAUAUGAUCGAUGUUACGUUUCACGCAGGUACUCAUCUUGGACGAGACGAACGCACAUUUUACACGAAAUUUUUACUAGACUUACGUUCGAAACGGCGCGUUAAAACGUAAGGAAAAUCCACGCUUUUAAAUCUAUUAUGCUGUUUUAACACGUACAGUUCCUUUUAGAAUAUUUCCUAUAGUUUAUUUUAUAUUAAACGAUAAUGUUAUACGCGUCCGGCACGCGUAGUGGAAUUAUGUAUGCGUAAUUUAUACGUAGAUGUAUUUAAAUAAGUUAGAAAGAGACAAAAUACUCGUCGAUCUUGCAUGUAAAUAUAUACGUAUUCAUAUUGUGUAGGUACAUAUGUAAAGUACACCUUUUUUUUCUUGUACCGGUUAAUACUCGUAAACCCCGAUAACCGACUCAUAUUGGUAGUAACUCUACGCGAUAAAUGUUACGACGGAAAAUUUUCGCUAUAUUGCACUUAUUCUUUUUAUUCAACGAACGCUGUGUGGUUGCACUACAAGAAUGUUACAUAACGUCGAUAUCAUAAUCUUGUUGUCCUCGAGUUUUCGAUUCGCCACGAAACGCAGAUUAUUUUUACUAUUAUCAAAUUAAAGUUGAAGCGUUCGACUUGACGACAGAAUCGUUCGAUCUUUUAAGCCGCGAUUUUAUAACAAAUGCCAUAGAAAGACGAUCGGGUAUUCUCGAAUUUUUCUUUCAAUAAACGUUUUCAUAUACUUCAACCAUA